AAUGGGCUGGCUGGCUGAGACUGCCUUUGCCAUGGUGCUUCUGGCGUCCGCCGCGGCAUCACAGAGCAGCGACACGGACUGCACAACCCACGAUGGGCAGCCGGGUGUUUGCGUUCCGAUCAAGCAUUGCCCGAACGCUAAACGCCUUCUACAGGGCAUCAAGAGAGGCGGUGUUACGAGUGGCUCUCUCAGUGACCUUCAUGCCCUCCCAUGCGCCAGUAAGAGGAAUGCUGCGCUCGUCUGCUGCCCCGUCAGGAGGAGGAGAGCCCGAACGCCCGAGGUCCCCAGCGCCUCCGACGUGCAGUGCGGGGUCCGCGGCCUCGGCGACAAGGUCGUCGGCGGCGAAGAAGCUCCUGUCGGCGCCUGGCCCUGGGUGGUGAUUCUGCGCGGCCGAGUGAAUGAAAGUCGCUCGUGGUUCUGCGGCGGCGUGCUCGUGUCCGGCCGCUACGUCCUCACCGCCGCUCACUGCUUCAAGGAGUCAUUCGGGGUUGUGGUAGAAAAAGCUAGGAUCGGAGAGCACACACUCUCCAUCGACCCAGACUGCUCCAGAGGGCUCUGCGCUCCUUCGUCGCAGGAUAUUCCCGUGGAGGGGAUCAUCCAGCACCCCCAGUACGGCUCCCCGUGCACGGAAUGCAACGACAUCGCCUUCCUCCGGUUGAGUCGCCCGGCCGUCUUCCAUCCAGGCUUCGUGGCGCCCGUGUGUCUGCCCACUGACCCCGUGCAAAACAUGGGCUUCUCUGAGCAAGAUUUCCUGGGCAAGACCGCCUGGGCCGCUGGCUGGGGAUCCACGGCGAGGGAUCCCUCGGUCUUUUGGCGCCCGGACGUCCUCCAGCAGGUGCAGCUUCCCAUUCAGGAGCUGGACUUCUGCGACAGGAUCCGAAGAAGCUACCCUGACCCCCGCAUGGUCCUCUGCGCCGGGGGGGAGGGGAGGGACACGUGCCGAGGAGACUCUGGCGGCCCCCUGACCCUCGAAAACAGCAACGGCACCAGGAGCUUCGUCGUAGGGAUCACCAGUUUAGGUCUGAAAGUAUGCGGUUCUGCCAACACCCUCGGGAUCUACACUAACGUCGCCUUCUAUACGCCGUGGAUUCUCGAGAACAUUCAGGAAUAG